CGUACCACCCCUCGGUCUACCAUUCGUAACGGGGCUCUGAGGAUCUGGGAUCACUCCAACGAAAGCAGGGCGUACUGGCCGCCAUAUCAAAACACCGUGCCGUGAACAUUUGUGCUUGCUGAAAGCGAUAGAGAGUGAAAAGCCUGAGCAUGUCUCCUUGUCUGCUACUACGGCGGUUGUGCUGGGUGGCGGCACUGUUGCCGACCCAGGUGGGCGGUCACAUGCUGGAUGCUAGGGCUCAUCAAGUUAUGGAGCCUUGCCGGCAGAGGAGUCUUUCCAGUCGAGAAGAAGAAAUCCGACGCGUGCUGCCAUUGGUCGGCAGGCUGCGGGCGGGGGGUUCUGCCGCGACCGUUGCGGGAGGAGCAACGUCGGCAGCGGAGCUUGCGGACACUCCACCUGGCGGAGGCAUCUCCGCGAGCGGGGGGGCAAGCGCGGGGGAUGGCGCCGGCGUGGCGCUCGGACGGAAGCCCGAGACGAAACCGAAAGGGGACUUGGGGGUCAGGACGAGGAGCACUCUCAUCCUGGUUGGGUCGUUCCUGACCAUCAUCGUCAAGCUCAAGCAGACGGGAUGCGCCAUCCUCGUGGCUUUCCUGCAGUGGGCGAUAUUUCGGGAGGGCAUGGCCAUCGUGCGCGACGGGGUCUCCGGGGUGCUCCUGGAGACAGAGAAGGGAGGGGCCAAGUCUCUACGGCGCCAGCAGUGGGGAGUGCUGUGGGUGCUCGGUUUCGCGGUGUACGGCAGGAUGCUGGUGAAGGAGAUCGCGGGCGUGGCGGAGCCGUCCACGUGGAUGGUGGCCUUCUGCCGGUGGCACGUCCCCGGGUGCGCCGCCCUGUACGUCGGCCUCCUUCUAUGGUUCAUCAACACUUUGCGGAGCCCCCUGCUUAUCAUGUACCAGCUGGGACAGCUGUCUGCGGCGCACUUCGCCUCCUUCCUCGUCCUUCCUUCCGCCCUCGUGUCCUUCGCGGCGAGGGGCGGUCUCUUCUGGUUCGUCAUUGCCUCCGCAUCGGUAAUCAUCAACGACAUCACGGCCUACAUCUGCGGGAGAUUGUUCGGGCGAACACCUCUUACGGUCUUGUCCCCCAAGAAGACGCGGGAGGGUUUUGUGGGUGCUGCCCUCUGCACGAGCUUGACCGGGUGGCUGACGGGGCGCUGGCUCUGCGGUGUUGAUUGGCUCACCGCUUCGAGAAAUGUUAUCCUUGCCGGCCAAGGGGGACCGGUGGACGCGGGCGAUAUUUUCUUGAAGACAGCGCAGCUGCCCUGGGUAAACAUCAUGGUGUCCAAAGCUGAGAUACACGCCUUCUGGAUCGCGCUCAUGGCAUCCCUCAUCGGGCCAUUCGGGGGAUUUUUUGCGAGCGGCCUCAAGAGGGCCUACGGCGUAAAGGACUUCGGCGACACGAUCCCCGGGCAUGGCGGGGCAGGGGACCGGUUCGACUGCCAGGUCAUGCUCCUGCCGCUCGUUUUCUUUUAUCUCAAGGCCUUUGCUCCUGACUUGGAUAUCUAGACCUGUUGUUGUGCUGUCGAGAUGUGGUUCACGUUGGAGGCGUCGCCCGAAACAGCCUGCCACAACUUUCCGUGAGGAGUGUAACCUGACGGUCUAAAGCAAACGGCGUCGCGUCAAGCGCGCGGCCUAGCUUAGUCUUUUUUGUUGGCCAAGUUUGCCACUUGGACGGCUGGCCUUAAGCUUGUGUUAGCCUCACAUGGUGUUUUGUCCGGGGCGUGUUGGGCUGCCGAGUACUUCAUGCAGUACUCGUGUGCGGCCUGGGGAUCGGUUUAGCGACAGGGUUUUGCCCCCGUGAUGAUGCCUGGCGUUUGUGCCUAGACUUUAUCCCCAACGAAACCGCCCUUUGUACGGGUCGGCGAGGGAACCGGGGGUCCUUACCGUGGGUCUGAAACGCUACAUCAACGGGGCGCAUCAGAGACUUCCACGGUCAUAUUAUACGUAAAGAAUUCGCGGUAGAUAGGGGGGGGAAGUAGUGGUGCGUACGCACACAAGCGAGUUUCCGUUGCUGUACGCUCGUGGGGAUCAGUCGUGAAGAUCGUUCUGUACAUAAACUUCGUGGAGAGAGCAGGCAGGGGCUACGGCUGGCCCUUCACCUUUGUCUCCGUCGGUCAUUCUACGGCUAGUUCGUCCACAGUAAGUGAACCAGCCAGGACCAGUGGUCAUUCUCGAUGUAAUGUCGCAGACAGAGCCAAGCGUUAGGGGAGGGCGUAUUGGUAUGUGGAUGACAAGUAUACAUGUGACCGGAGCGAAGCGUGGCAUAUUCUUCCUUGGGUUAUUGGUGGAAAAGGCGUUUCUUAUGGUUGUGUUGUGCAACUUUCCAGGCUGAAGGAUGUCAUUCGAAUGGCGACCGUGGCUUUGGAGGCUCGUUUCUGUGUAGUAUUCUUGCCAACAUCGAUGUCAGGUUUUGCACCUGAAAACAAGGAGGGGCAGCGACAGGAAUGGGAUCAUUACCACGAGUGACAAGGGUACAGCGUAGUGUACGACAAGUAGGCAAGGGCGACCGGAAGCAUGAGCACCACUUACCACGCCUUGAAACGAACCCGCACUUGAUCAAAAGUGAUUUGCAUCGGAGUGGCGACCGUACAAUAUCUCAGAUUACUAG